AUCACAUACAAACAGCGAGAGCGUAUAUCUUAUUCAUACAUUUACGAUAUAAAGAGAAAUAUAUAGCUGUCAAAAUUAUCACCACGAUAAUCGACCUAAACUUUUAAGUUAGUGGAAGAGAAGUGUUUGCAACAAAUGUGUGACAAUACGAAUGCUGUUGAUUCCAUGUUUUCAAUAAUUUUGAACGGAAGAACCUUAAAAUAAACGAUUUUGAAAUAAAACACACAAGAAUGGUAUUGAAAACCUAGUUUGCUGGUGGUUUUGGUGAUCGCAUCAACUUAAAAUGGGUGGAAUUAUUUGGUCAGACGUUUUUCCAACGAAAUUAACACUAUGUAUUUUCAUCGGCUACAUGAGUUUAUUCAUCAGCCAAGGGAUUUUAGUUACAGCCUCCCAAGAUGAGUCCAGCAAUUAUCAUUACAACACAAUUUGCGUUGUUUUAAUCACAGAACUGGUAAAGUUAAUAGCAUCGACCGCGUUGUAUUGUAAAAGCAAUUCGGUCACUUUGUUGGUUAAGGAAACAAUUGACAACAAACAUUUGCUAUUGCUGUACUUUAUCCCGUCGCUAUUGUACUGUAUUUACAACAAUUUAACGUUCAAAAACUUAUCAACUUUCGAUCCGACGACUUACUAUUUGUUACUUCAGUUUCGAGUCGUGAUAACAGGAGUCUUAUUUCAGGUGAUUUUCCACAAGAUAUUAACACGACGCCAAUGGUUCUCAUUGAUCCUACUGACACUGGGCUGCAUGGUGAAGCAAUUGAAUUUAAAUGACUUGUUCGGCAAUUCGAUCAACUCAAACAUAUCAUCACUGACAACAGCAAAGCAAAAUCUGACUAUCAGUAAGAAUACGAACAAAAAUACGACCGGCUUUGAUCUCAGCAUAGACGCCAUUUACAUAUUCAUUCAGUUGGUAUGCUCAUGUUUGGCUGGUGUUUAUAAUGAAUAUUUACUGAAAGGCGAAGGUGCGCGCAUCAAUAUCUAUGUGCAAAAUAUAUUCAUGUACGUUGAUUCGAUCGUAUGCAACAUAGUAUUAUUAGUACUUCAGGGGAAUUCGUUGGAAUCCAUUAAUGCGACCAACUUGCAAACGGUUUUCACGUUUAAUGUGAUUAUUAUUAUUUUAAAUAAUGCGGCAAUUGGGAUCGUUACCAGUUUUUUUUUACGCUACUUAAAUUCUAUUCUAAAAACAUUUGCAAGCGCAUUGGAACUACUGUUCACGGCAGUGUUGUGCUAUUUUUUGUUCAAUAUUCCGAUUUAUUUGAAUACAGUCUUCUCGAUAGCGGUCGUUUCGGUCGCUAUCUACCUAUAUUCAUUGAGUCCCGUCGUAAACACAACCCAUGUAGCAAGGGAGCACUCGAAAGAGCACAAAUUUUCACACGAAACCGUUGAAUUACUGAAAGACAAACAUGACAUUGUGUAAUAAUUCGAACAAAAUACAAAAGGUGCAAUAUUAGACAUUUACAAUGAUAAAUGAUUUAUUUGCUGCUAAGUUGUCUAUCUUAUAGUAGACUUGUAUCUGAUUGUGAUCCUGAAGUCUCAAAUUUUCACUUCCAUAUUUUCGUAAAUGUGUCUCAAAAAACCUAUUUAAGUAAUUGAGUCGAAACUGAUUUUUAUUGUUGCAAUGUGCUUGCUGUUUUCAUAAAUUCAGGAAUGGGAAAAGAACGUUGAAUUUAAUAAUAGCAAUCUAAUUUUUAUUGACGAAUAAGUGAAAAAGUCAUCAAUAACCAACGGAAAAGUAGUGUGAUUCCAAAUAAUGUACAUUAGGGUGGUUUUCAUAACUUGGACAAAAGAAAUUGUAGAUUUUAAAUUAAAGAGAAAAGAAUUCUGUAUACAUUAGUGGUGUUCAUACAACGUAGCAAUCGAUAUUCAGACUUCCCGUAGCAAAAAUAGCGUAUACAAUAAAAUUCUAUGAUUUAAA